UUUACAAAAUUACAUCUAUUGUAAAGUGCUUGCUUGCUUCUUCGAAGUUCAAACUCAGAACCAAAGCUCAAACCUCUGAGAGAGAGAGAGAGAGAGUGUGGGACUAAUAAUAUUAUCAUGGCAACGCCACCGGUGGCGGGUGGUCCGGCAAUGAACCCGGAGGGUCCAACGGCGGUGGCUCCUACUCCGGGAACAGACAUGACUGGGAUAUGCUUCAAGGACCAGUUAUGGCUCAACACUUACCCUUUGGACCGAAACUUGGUGUUCGAUUACUUUGCUCUCUCACCAUUCUACGACUGGACUUGCAACAAUGAGCAACUCCGCAUGCGCUCCAUUCAUCCACUCGACCUCUCUCACCUCUCAAAAAUGACAGGCACAGAAUACAUGCUAUAUGAAGUUUUGGAGCCCCAUUUAUUUGUUAUCCGCAAGCAAAAGAGGGAUGGUCCUGAGAAAGUUACACCAAUGCUGACUUACUAUAUUUUGGAUGGUUCAAUUUACCAAGCACCGCAGCUUUGCAAUGUUUUUGCUGCUCGAAUUAGCCGGUCUCUUUAUCAUAUAUCCAAAGCUUUUACGAUUGCUGCUUCAAAAUUGGAGAAGAUUGGAUAUGUUGAUGCUGAUGAGGGUGCAGCCGUGGAAUCAAAGGUUGCUAAAGAGACAAUUGAUUUUAAGGAAGUUAAGCGAGUAGAUCAUAUUCUUGCAUCCUUGCAACGAAAGCUACCACCAGCUCCUCCACCACCACCAUUUCCAGAAGGCUAUGUUCCUCCUGCCAGUGCAGACACAGAGAAAGCACCCGAAGUGCAGCAAUCCGGAGAAGUACAACCUCCUCCAGUUGAUCCCAUUAUUGAUCAAGGUCCAGCUAAAAGAAUGAAAAUUUGAAGAACAUCCGUUUCCCUAACUUAAAUGUCAACUAACACUCUUAACAACAUUUUCUUUGUAUGUUUAUUAAUCUUUUACACCUUAAUACUGAAAGAUCCCUCUAUGAUAUUUAGUUAUUUACUUUCAUAAAAUGUGUAAAUCAUUCUAAUCAGGUUUGUCCAAUGUAGUCGUUUGACAUGAACAUGAAUGUUAAUUAACAUAUCUCCAUUUGAA